AUGCGUAAAUAUCAUCAUUAUAAUUUAUUUAAAUCUAAAAAGUAUAUAUCAAUCUUUACCAUUUAUGUAAUAUGUAAUAUAUUAUACAUAAAUGGUGAAUUAUUAGAUGAUUCAUCAUUAUUAAUUGACUUUCCAUGUGGUCCACAUCCAAUUGAUAUGUUUCUAUCAAAAUUAUUUGAUUAUUUAGAAAAACAAGAAACACCAAUUAUGGAAACAUCAAAUGAAACUGAUGAAAAAUUACAUAUUAAAAUGAUAUAUGCUAAAUUAUUAUAUGCAUUUACACCAAUGCCUAAAAGUAGUUAUUAUGUAUACAAUGAAAUUAUGCGAUCAAUUAAUAGUUGGAAUGAAUGUAUGAGUAAACAGCCAAGAUUGAAGAAAUGGUUAAAACGUAGAAAUUUCCUUCAAAAUGUCAAUACUAUUGUACGUCCAAAUACGGAUAAGUUAAAUUUUAAACAGUAA